AUGUUCGCCCGUGCUGCCGCCCGCGCGGUCCCCAAGACCCCUUCCACGGUCGCCCGCCGCGGCUUCCAGACCACCCGCGCCCAGAUGUCCUCGCCCUACCACUACCCCGAGGGUCCCUACACCAACAUCCCCUUCAACCCCAAGAGCAAGUUCUUCGGCCUUGGCUUCUGGACCUACUCCUUCGUCGGCUUCUUCGCCCCCUUCGGCAUUGCUGUUUGGCAAACCAAGAAGCCCAAGAGACUUUUCGUCCUCAAUGGAUCAGCAGGGAAACCGAAUUACGAUCUGUCCGUCGCGGCAUUCUAUGUGAUGAAUGUGAAUCGCAGACCUGGGAGCCAUACCAGACUACAGCCCGUGCCCGUGCUGGGAUACUCAUCAUAG